AUGUUUACUUUAUUAUUAAUUCCAUUUGUUGAUGCUCUAUUCUCUAGCUUUGAAUAUGUCUAGGUGACAUCCUAAUUGGAAUAUUCUGCAUACACAUUCAAAGGUAUCAUAACUGUGAUUCCAUAAACAAACAACGUCCUAUUAUGGAAAUGUCAUGAUCUAGAAGACGCAAUCCCAAAUAUUUCAUUCAAUCUUCUUGAAAAUGGAACAUUAUUAAAGCUCAAUGACUUCAAUCUCUAAUAUGAGUAUGAAGUCAAACCCAAUCCUCAAUUUACAUUUACAUACUAAGACCCCACUUAAGGAAUAUUAGUAAUAGAUUAUUUAACAUACAAAAAUCCAGAAUAUGCACUCUAAUUAAAGCAGAUUAUUGAUCGAGUAAUUAUAGACGAGUACACUGUUGAUUGGGAAACUGUUCAUUAUAAUUUGAAUGGCCUUUAAGACAAUCUAUUAUAGUUUUGUAAGAAGCAUUAAGAUUUUAAGAUAGAGUUGUGAAUUAUAGCAAUAUAAUCAAAUAAAUAUCAUGAUCCUCUUUA